AUGCAGCACCUCCUGCCCCUCGCUGCUAUCCUUCUUCUGUCCAUCAUUCCCGUAGAAGCUGAAGUGGUGGCAUCAGUGGAACACUGUAAUGAGUUUUUUCUUCAGCAAACUCCACCACAGAUCCCGGGAAUUUUGGAGGGAGGGAUCAUCCAGGACAAGACCAGAUACAAAUGGAUUUGUCAGACUUAUAAGAACCGCAAAACAUUUGUGACGCUCUACGACACCCACAACAAGAUCCCAGUUUUUUCUGCUGCACAGUACAGAGGAGAAGAUGGAGAAAUAAUAGUCAAAAGACCCAAAUGGAUGAUUGAACCACAGCUUGAAAACAUGCUAGACAACCGCAAUAUGAGAGGAUCAAACGAGAACACCAUCUAUGAGCACCAGGCUGAAAAUGAAAAUUAUAAAAAUGGCUUGAAUUUUACCAGAGGACACUUAUUUCCAAGGUCUUACGGAUCCAAUUAUAUUGAACAAAGGUCUACUUUUACCAUGACUAACAUUGUUCCGCAAAAAGAUAAAUUCAACCAUGGAAGCUGGAACAAAAUGGAGAAAUGUGUAAAAUGUGUUUUUAAUAAUCACUGCAAAAAUGAGGAGACCUUUGUAGUAAUAGGAGCAAAGCCCAGCGACAGUCGUCUCAACCAUUUGAUCAAUAUUCCUUCAGUGCUCUGGUCAGCUUUCUGCUGCUACAGUGAGAAACAGGGCAGGUGGCUGGCAAGUGCACACUGGGGCAAGAACAACAGGAAUGGUCCUAAAUAUCUGCUGACAAGGACCUUGGCAGACCUCAAAAAAACCCUGAGAAUUGAACCAUUUCCUCAAAAAGAAUGCCCUCUUGAUACAACGGUCUCUCACUUGUACUCAGACCUUUCCUCUAACUGCAAUUGCUCACCCACAUCUGUUCCUUUUACAAACACCUCUACUCCUUCAGAUUCGUCACCUGUGAAAGUUUCUCUUGGAAAACGUCCCACACCCAAAGGGAAACGUUUCCUUUCCAAAUCACAGAUAAAGAUCACAGAAUUUGUUAAGAAUGAGAAACUGAACAGCGUGAGAGAUGUGAAGGUUAAACUGAAAAGUGUUUUUGAACAGCUAAAACCAAAUGCAUAAAAAAUCAUGAAUUCAAAUACUGAGCGAGUUUUAGAUCAGCAUUCUUCAGCAUGUAAGCUUUAAUCAUAACAAAGUUGUUAUAAACAACUGCAGCUUUCUUUAGCUUAGUUAGCAUGUGAGCAUCAUGUAGCUUCUCACAUAAUAAACACAAGCAUUGCCUCAUUAUUACAUGUCUCAUAUUUACAUACACUGCCAUAAAAUUAUGUUUUGUACCAUCAUUUAAACAUUAUUGUGAAAUGGAAGAGAUUAUGUCACGCUGAUAUUUUCUUUCUUAUACUCUCUGAACACACAGUUACCAUGUUACACAUCACAAAGCAAACCUACCUCACUGGGUAAGUUUGAAGCUGCAUUAAGGAAACUGGGAGAAACAACUCAGGCCUGAGUAAAAACCUCCAGGUUCCUCACGCUCCUGAAAAAGUGUAGAAGUUAAAACAGAGAUGCAAACAGAGAAUAUAUAACAAUUAUAUAACAAAAUGAGACUUCCUCCUUCUUGACCUCUUUGAAAGCUAUGAAUUAAACAUGAAACAAAAAAACGGUUCUUAAAUUUGUUAUAGACUGUUAUUGUGUCUAUGAUCUCUAAAAUCAGAUGAUCAUGUUCACAACUUGCAGGUUGGACGAAUUAUAUCCAGUAUUGUUAGUACUUUAUUUAUCAGUUUAACUAUCUACAUAUAUUUACAAAUGAUGUGAAAGAAGAGCUAAAAUAAACUUUAAUACAGUAGCAAUGUUAUUUGUAAAGUUCUUGCCCUGCUGUGGUUUGUAUAUUCUAGCUGUGUGUCACUUUACUUUGUUACAUAUCAGGUGAAACACUUCUGCAAAUGAUGCACUUGGAAAUUCACUCCGAGCUCCUCCAACGAGCCUCUCCUCUCUUUGUUCAACCCCGUUAUUCUUUUUUUUCCAGAGAUUGUUUUGGAUAUCUUGUUGUUUGAGGCACAAAUUACUAAAGUUUUUGAGGCAAAAUUUUCCAUUUAUGAUAUUCAACUGUAUUAAUAAAUUUCACUUGAGUUGUUAAA